CAUUCCCCUCUAUUAACUAUUGUCGUCGCAGUUAUCUUCUGGACUUUCUAAACGUGUUCGUCAUGUAAUGGCAUGCGGUACAAAUUUCUACGAUCACUGUUUCCCAAAAGAUAGCGUGACAUUGGGGUUCUCUUCUAAUUGUGCACAUUGGUUGCGUGACAAGCCUUGUGACAUGACUGGAACUACAUGUCACCUAUUCAUCACUGUACCAGAGGAAAAAGUAAAAUUUCGAGCACAAGCCGAAAAAGACUGGGGAUUAUAUCUAACGAAAAGAGCUGCCGAGAUUAGCCCAGGAGGAAGUAUGGUUUUGGUGGAGUUAGCUAUAGUUGAACAUGGCCACUUUACUGGACAAACGCCAGAAACCGUUGGUAUCUUUCGAAUGCUUUCCACACUUUGGAAAUCACUUUCAGAUGAGGGAAUUAUCAAAUCACUAAGGUAAUGAGUAAUACAUCGGUUUUCGUAUGAGUGGCUAAUGACAAAGGCAAAAAUACUACUUUGCUAAUGCAAAUUCUUUCUCGGUCCAAUUUACUCAGGUAGCAAAAUAAUGUUGCAAGGCAAAAUUCUGUCUCAUUUAUCCAACAAAUUUCAGAAUAUUUGGCCCAUGCGUGAGCAAACUGGAAUUAACGCAGAGAAAAUUUGCAUUUGCAAAGAAGUGUAUUCGUAAUUCAUGGUCAUGUUAUGGCCAU